AUGAAUGACGGCCUGCCUGCCCCCUGCAAGGCUGACAACAACACCGACACAACCACGAAGGAAUCAAACACCGACGUGAACUGGUACGUGUUGCUAUGGGUGGAGAGACCUCUGUGGCUGUGGAUCCUACAGGUUGUGCUAGCCUUUGUCACAUUCUUCAAGAGUUUGCUAAAAAUCUAUGUGGCCAAGGGCCGACGUAGCGACCAUUUUCUGAAAACCCAUUUCAUCAUGGAAGUCUUAACUUCUUUUCCAUAUAUCAUCACGUUGGCGCAUCCUCCAAUAUUACAUAAUCUCUAUGUCCCCUCAUUUAUCGGAUGCUGGCUUGCAAAGAGAUCUCUAGAAAAAGUGCUGAAUGAUUUACAUCGGACGCGCAGGCGUUUCCAGACCAUCUCAGUGACUUUGUCCCAGCAGUGCCUGGUGCUCAUAGCAACCUUGUGCUGUAUGAUAUUCACCACUGUCUGUGGUAUAGAGCACAUCCAACGGGCCAGUGCGCAGCAGAAGCUCACGCUUUUUCAGUCGAUCUACUUCACAAUCGUGACAUUCUCGACGGUGGGCUAUGGUGACAUUUUGCCCGACAUCUGGCCCUCGCAACUCUUCACGAUUGCAAUGAUCUGUGUGGCAGUUGCUUUUAUUCCCAUGCAGAUUCAGACGAUAGCCUCUACGAUUGUAGAGCGUAUGAAGAUGGGCAGUGAGUAUACGGAGCGUCGUGCCGCGGGAAACAAGCACGUGGUGGUUGUGUCUCGCACCCUGCAGACGGAAACCGUCAUGGACUUUCUGUCGGAGUUCUAUGCUCACCGAAAACUGGAAGAGCAAGUGGUUGUACUGAUGGCGGCGGAUGAACUGGACAGAAAUAUGCAGGUGAUCCUCAAGGAUCCCAAUUGGUCCCAGCGUGUAGUAUAUAUGCGCGGAUCCGUGCUCAGGGAGACGGACCUUAAACGCUGCCGCAUUGCCCAGGCCGAGGCGUGCUUCAUACUGGCGCCGAGACAUCUGGAAAACAGAGCAAUUGCUGACCAGCACACCAUUAUGCGAUCCUGGGCUGUUAAGGACUUUGCCCCUAAUUGCAAGCAGUACAUUCAGCUGUUCAAGCCAGAGAACAAGAUCCAUGUGAAGUUUGCAGAGCAUGUAAUUUGUGAAGAUGAAUUCAAGUACGCCAUGCUGGCCAACAACUGUCUCUACCCUGGGUUGUCUACCCUCGUCUCACUGCUCGUGCACACCUCAGGAGACCUCGAUGGGACCAAGCAAGCGGACAAAUGGCAGCAUACUUACGGGCGUCACUCAGGCAACGAGAUAUACCACAUACAACUUGGUGACAGCAUGUUUUUUUCUUCGUACGAGGGAAAAACGUUCACCGAGGCCUCCGCAGAUGCACAUCAGAGGUUUGGAAUCUCACUGGUUGCCGUGCUGGACACCAAGGUAGAUGACCCCCACUUACAGCUUAACCCUGGCCCAAGCUACCUCCUCAAGGCCUCUGACAUGUGCUUCUACAUCAGUGUCGCAAAGGAGGAAUACUCCAAGGGGCAGCUUGACACCAUGAAAGACGAUGAGACGAAGUCAGUAAGGGGGAAAACUAUGGAGCGUACAGCCUCUGAUCUGCAGGGUCACAUGAAUUCUGAGGAGGAGGAGGAGGAAUAUGGUGAGGAAGAGAGUGUCUUCAGUACCCUAACACUACAUAAAGGAGUGUUGGGAAUGUUCGUCGCUUUGGAGGAGGGCUAUGAGCUUGCAAAUCGUGUAAAACGUGCGACGUUCUCAUUGGGAGAAAAGAGCAUACCAGUCAAGGAAACGGAACAGAAAUUCAUCUCAAACAGCGACAACAGCUGUCGAUCCAGUUUCAAUCUCGGUAAACCGGUCUCAUCUAAUGGCGGACUGGACAAUGCAGGGUUUGAAGUAGGUCAGGUUAUCCAAUCAGCGGAAUCAACAACGCCCAGGAGUAGAACACCCGUCGACUUUCAACAUAUGAACUUUUCCGUGGAUUCGACAUUUUCACCAGUGGCCUUGGACCAUGAGCAGGGGCAAAAUUCAUCCGAUAAUGGCGAUGUCGAUUCCAGUCAUGGACAACCGAUCACAUCCGAUGGAUGCAUAGAGAAAUCCAGGUUCAAAGUUACUCAGGUUAACCUGUCGGCGGAAUCGCAAUUGCAAAGGCGUGGAACAGGAAUUAACCUUACGGCGGAAUCGACAUUGCCAAUACAUGCAAUAGGAGUUUACCUGUCGGCGGAAUCGCCAUUGCUAAGGCGUAGAUCAGGAGUUAACCUGUCGGCGGAAGCGCCAGUGCCAAGGAGUGUUACACCCGUCGACUUUCAUCACGUGGAGGGGACGAACCCUUCCAAGAAAGACCAAGUGCUCGAUAAGUUCCUGGAUAUGGACCAGGACGAGUUUAUCACAGGUCCGUCCCCAGUAACCCUUUACGUUGGAUCUAAAAGGGCCAUAUGUCACCUGAUGAGGGAACAACGACCCCUUUGCUGCUUAGAGUGGGGACUGAACUGCUCCCACUGCGCGUAUAAGAACACAAACGAUCAGCGGUGGACCAAUCAGCUUAUCAUUCUCUCGGCGGAAAAAGCGUGUAAUGGAAUCUACAACUUUAUCGUUCCGCUGCGUUCCCAGUUCAUUGGCAUGAAAUCACUAUGCCCUAUUAUUCUGCUGCUCGGAGAAAAACCGGAGAGGAUGUUCUUGGAGACCGUGUCCUUCUUCCCUCUCGUCUACUGGAUGCUGGGAACCAUUACCAGUGUGGAUGACCUACUUAUGGCGGGUAUCAACAAAGCUUCACACCUUGUGGUUGCCAACAAGGAAAUGGUCCAAUCAGUCUGCGAGGACACUCUUGCAGACUCGGAAACAAUCGUGGCAGUGCAGACUGUGUUUAAACUUUUCCCGAAAGUGAACAUUCUCACCGAGCUUAAGCAGGCGUCCAACAUGCGUUUCAUGCACUUCCGGGCACACGACGAGUACUCCCAGAAAAUAUCCGACAUGGAUAGGAAACUGAAGUCAAGCAUAACGUCGAAUACGAGUCACAUCUUCCGUCUACCUUUCGCGUCCGGUCAGGUGUUCAGUGCCAGUAUGCUAGACACGCUGCUCUAUCAGACGUACGUUAAAGGUUACCUCAUCACGUUUGUGAGACUGUUGCUUGGAAUGGACGCUGAAAACAACUCCGGGCAUCUUUCAAGCAUCCGCAUUAAACUUGCGACGCUGGAACAGUUUAAGACGUAUGGGGAGCUCUACCGCGCCCUCUGCUCUACGACCGGGGAGAUCCCUAUAGCCCUUUAUCGAACGGACAAGCAGUCAAACGAUAAACCCUUUGGUAGUGCCGCAACACGUUUUUCGUUUCAGAAUAACAACAAACCGGACAAAUCAUCCAUGGCCAACGGCAAGAACGGUCAUCACAAUCAACAUGACAUACGUAAGGCGAGCAUGUGGCAUAUACAGAAGAAAUGGAACAACCAAAACCCUGAACAUAAGGAUAUCUACGACCUUAUACGCAACCGCAUGAAAUGUCUAGAACUAUCUGUAAACGACUACUGCGAUGCUGAGUACGAGAAGAACGACAUCAGCUACGUGAUCCUUAACCCGUCUCCUAGGAGAAAACUGAGAAAAGGAGACCUCGUGUAUGUGAUCCAGCCGAGCUCCAUGUUUGCCAUCCCCAGUCGUCUCAACCGCGCGAAGCAGAAACGUGCAGCCCUGAAGCGUUCGGGCUCCGACACGGAUCUCAGUAAGUCUUUGGACAUGGAAACCACAUUGCCAAGGGAAAGAACUCACUCACUGACGACUAAUUUAUUGUAGUUAUUUUUUGUUUAGAUUUGUCUUUCUAAAGGGCAUUGUGGAGAAGAGUGUCUCCCCUUUGUUAGAACUUAAGAGUAUAGCGACUUCAAAUAUUGGCUCUGUGAAAUAGAGUUCUCUCCAUUUGAAAUUAUGUACAAUAGAAUAAUUAGUUUUGGAGAACUAUUGUGGCCAAAUGUGCUUUGCUUCUUAUUGUUAGCAGUUUUGAAGAGAAUAUACGGUGGCUUCUGUAGAAAUGAGUGACCGCCUCAACAAGAGUUACAUUUUAAGAAAGGUUUUGAAUUAAUGUACCACGGGAUGUUGUCACAGUUUGUUCUUCAUUGAAGCAUGGGCAUUGCAAUCAUUUUUAGAUUACCAAGAUGAAAGAAACACAUUAUAUAUAAAUGAAUAAUAGGAAUGUCACACAAUAAUUUGGCUUUGACAAUUGUUGUUAAAAAACUAUCGACCUUUUACAGAUGAUAAUGAGUGUAUCCUUUCUUUUAUAUAUGAACUACACAACACUGCAAUUCUCUUGUUUGAACAUUAAACAUAAUUUUGAACAUGCAUCCUACUUCAAUAUAUCAAAGUCCCUAAAUACUGACAUCAAGUUUCAAAAACUGAGCCAUUUUUUUCAAUGAAUAUAACUCAAAGAGACCGAAUAAUGAAAGGAUUGUAAAAAAAAAGAAAAUAGUAUACGUGCAAAUUGUUGUCAUCGUUUGAACUUGUUCCAUGUUAUCAUUGAAUUUUAUAAUUUUAAGCAGAUGUAUUUAGAUGGUGUUGCGUUUAGUGGGAAUACUUUUGAAAAAUAUCCUUAAAUGUAUUCAUAAACAAAACAUAGUUACUUUGAAUUGUUUCAACUUAUAAGAACAACAAGAACAUUUCAGGCCUUUCAAGAGAACAAUUUCACUUGAUACACACUUUUUUCAAUUAUUUUUUUUUACAGAUUUUGAUCGAUGGUUUUCAAUUUAGGAGCCGCUAUCGUUGACAGUUUUCUUGAAAGUCCCUUUAAAGAAUUUCAUAAAAGGUGUAUUUAAAAUCAUGUUAUAAAGAUUGUUUAUGGUUUUGCUUAUUACAACAUGUAUAAUGCUGCAUUAUAAAUUGCAUUGUAAACAAAUGUGUUUAUUUAAAAUACCAUUGUUGUUUUCAUUGUUGUCUUAUUAUCAAAGCGUAUCAAUGGACAUUUUGUUCUCUUUCAGUGUUUAUAUUGUUUUUGCGUUGUGAGUUAGUUAUCUAAGCUGGACAUGUGUAUACGAAGUGGAAUCUAUUGUCUCAAACAUAAUGAUAAUUCCAUAUAAACAUUGUAAUUCUGUACAGCAAAAGGCCUAUAUUAUAUUUUGACGAAAUGUACAGAAAUAUGUUAAUUUUCAAAUCUAUUUAAUAUAUGUUAAGCGCAAAGUGUAUAGUUUACUUUACUGUUGCUGCAUGUUUUACAAAAAGUGUACAUUUUCACUUGAACAUGCAAUAAAGCUGCACUGAAGAACA